AUUGCGGGGAAGCGAGCUUGGAAUUGCGGGUUUGUCCCUGCAGGUUCCAGCAGCAGCCUCGGUUUACUUUCCUCUUCAUUCACAUGUCAACAAUCGCAUCAUGAUCAUCAAUCAAAUCUUUGACCUGAGUAUCAGCCAUAUGCAUGUAUCAUAAUACUACCAGAACACACGAUAUAGCCAUCUUACUAUCAUCUUGGUAUUGAUAUGACAUAACAGGAGGUUCGCUGAAUGGCCAGCGACUUAGUCUCUCGUUGAAUCCUUUGGGAAUGCAACACCUCCAACUGCAUACCUUAUUCUAGCGCGAGGAAAUGGAGCCUAAGUAGCACCGCAUUCGAUAUCGCUGAGUCUCGACUUCUAUCAAAUACAGAAAAUGGCUUCGCAGUCGACGUUACGGUAUUCCGAUCCCAUCGGCGCCCUUUAUCAAAGAUAUGCGAAUCUCAUUCGUAGUCGGAUCCAGGGAGCCUCAAAAACAACAAAGCUUCUGGCAACAUUAUUCCUUACACUUUCUAUCAUCUGCGGAGGAACUUUUGGCCAUGGAUGGUGGCAAAAACGAGCAGCAGAAAAAGAGCAAGGGAAAAGAUUACAUCGCCGGAAUUCCGGGCUCAAGAAUAAAGAUGGAUCGAGGGUGGUAUUCGUACCAUAUAAAGAUACCACUUCCAAAGUCACCAUAAAUCCUACGAAGCCUUUGACUUUCGACGCUCAUAGAAGGCUUUUCCUGAAUCCACCUCGAGCUUCUGGACUCACAGAUGGCCAAACUCCGCAGAUUCCGCCUCCACAAACGAAACCGGGUUUGAAUUUGGCCUUUUUACAUCAGUUCCUGAGUCUUUUGAGUAUAAUGAUACCGAGAUGGUCAAGCAAAGAGACUGGUUUACUCGUAAGCCAUGGUGUCUUUUUGUUGCUUCGAACAUACUUGUCAUUGGUCGUGGCACGGUUGGAUGGUGUGAUUGUUCGAGAUUUGGUUGCAGGUAAUGGAAAAGCCUUCACUUGGGGCAUCAUAAAGGUAAGGCUAGAGUCCAGUAUUCCCAUAUGGCGGAUGUUCCUGUUUUGUUCUUUUUUCUCGUCUUCAUUAACUUGUCUCCUUGUUGCUAUUCAACUCCAACGACAACACCCUUCAAUCUUCAAAUGGCUAACUGUUUAAAAGUGGUGUGGCAUUGGUGGCUUGGCUUCUUACACAAAUGCUAUGAUUAAAUUUCUCCAAUCCAAAGUCUCAAUCGCUUUCCGUACACGCCUGACUAGAUAUAUUCACGAUUUGUACCUCAAUGAUAACCUCAACUACUACAAACUUUCAAAUCUUGAUGGUGGCGUUGGGCAAGGCGCGGAUCAAUUUAUUACACAGGAUCUGACCCUCUUCUGUGAAUCGGCAGCUAGUCUAUACUCAUCGCUAGGGAAACCUUUCGUUGAUCUUUGUGUUUUCAACUAUCAGUUAUAUCGAUCCUUAGGACCAUUAGCUUUAACCGGUUUAAUGACAAAUUACUUUCUGACGGCCUCGAUACUUCGACGACUUUCACCACCAUUUGGAAAAUUAAAGGCCGUUGAAGGACGUAAAGAAGGAGAUUUCCGAGGACUUCAUGCUCGCCUCAUUGCAAAUGCGGAAGAAGUGGCAUUCUAUGGAGGGGCAGAUAUGGAGAAAAUUUUCCUAGAUAGAGAGUUCAAAAGUCUUAAAAAGUGGAUGGAAGGGAUAUACACCCUCAAAAUCCGCUACAACAUACUUGAAGAUUUUGUUCUCAAGUAUAGUUGGAGCGCAUAUGGCUACCUGCUGAGCUCAUUACCAGUAUUUCUUCCCGCGUGGGGUGGUCUUGGUGGAGUUCAGGAAUUGGCCGACAUUUCUGUAGUUGGUGGUCGAGAAAGAGGUCGGAUGAGAGAGUUCAUCACAAACAAAAGACUCAUGUUAUCAUUAGCGGAUGCUGGUGGUCGUAUGAUGUAUUCAAUCAAGGAUCUUUCAGAAUUAGCGGGAUACACUAGUCGAGUCUAUACGCUCAUAUCAACUCUUCAUCGAGUUCAUGCAAACGCAUACUUUCCUCCUCGAAAUACCCAAGCUGAACUUUACUCUCUCUCUGACGUACAAGGAACGAUACAGAAAGGUUUUGAUGGUGUACGGUUGGAGAAUGUACCAGUGGUAGCCCCUUCAGUGUACCCUCAUGGUGGAGAAGAGCUGGUAGAUUCCCUGUCCAUGGUCGUUCACUCUGGAGAGCAUUUACUUGUGAGAACCUCCCCCUUUUACCUCUUCUCAAAAUUGGAUAUACUAACAAACUAGAUCUCCGGCUCAAACGGUGUAGGUAAAAGCGCCAUCUCCCGUAUUGUCGCUGGACUCUGGCCCGUCUACCGAGGCCUCGUCUCUCGACCUCGAACAACUGGCACAGAUGGAAUUAUGUUCCUUCCCCAGCGCCCAUACCUCAGCGUCGGCACUCUACGUGAUCAAGUCAUUUAUCCUGACGGUGAACUCGAGAUGCGCUCCAAAGGCCGUCGCGACAUCGAACUAAAACAUAUUCUUGAGGAAGCACGUCUAGGCUACCUCCCCGAUCGAGAAGGUGGAUGGGAUACGAGGAAAGAAUGGAAAGAUGUACUAAGUGGAGGCGAAAAACAACGUAUGGCUAUCGCAAGAUUGCUAUACCAUGAGCCAAGAUACGCAUUUAUAGAUGAAGGCACCAGUGCCGUAUCAAGCGACGUUGAGGGUUUGCUGUACGAAACUUGUAAAGGAAAAGGCAUCACGUUGAUUACGAUAUCAACAAGAGCAAGUUUGAAGAGAUAUCAUACUUUUAAUCUCACGCUAGGAUUAGGAGAUGAAGGUACGGAGUGGGAAUACGAGAGGAUUGGGACGGAAAGAGAAAAAAUGGGGGUUGAGAGGGAAUUGCAGGAGUUGAGGGAGAGGAUGGAAAUGGAAAGAGCGUGGGAGGAAAGGAUGGAGAAGAUUGAGAGGGAAUUGGAGGAGGUUUGGGUGGAGGGUGGUGAGAGGUUGGAUGGACCGAAGUAUAGCGAGGUGGAGAUUGGACAUGAACAUGAACAUGGGGAUAAGGAUAAAGACGAGGAAGAGAAAGAAGCUGGGACUUUAGAGGUUGAAGUCAAAGAUGGUGGGUUAGUGUAGGGGUAGUAAGUCAUGAAUAAAUGAAUGAAUAUAUAAGGAUUUGAUGAGGGAGAUAUGUAGGAUCUGGGAUACCUGUUUCUGAUUUUCUCAUGACAUGUAAGAAAUACGAAUUAGUUAGUACUCCGUAAAGAGAUGGAUGUGUAUGUGUGUACAAGGGUCACUUUUAGAAAUUUAU